AUGUGGACUGAUUCGUUUACCGUACUUUGUUGGAUACAAAAUGAUAAACCGUGGGAGCAAUACAUACAGAGAAGAGUCGACGAAAUUCGAAAACUCGUUGGAGAGGAUAAAUGGAUGUUCUGCCCAGGAGAAUUUAACAUUGCAGACUUACCUUCGCGAGGUUGUAGUGGAGCAGCACUGGUUAAAAACGACGAAUGGUUCCAUGGUCCUAAUUUCCUGAAGUUAUCAGAAGAAAACUGGCCGAAACCUCCUCGAUGUAAUGGAGCAGAAAGUGAAAUCGCAUUAUCGGAAACGGUGAAAUCAGUCAACAAGUCAACAACUCAUUCCCUUACAGUCUUAGAGAAGAAACAUAACACAGUUAGUGUCGGAAAGGUGGUGGAUUGUCAUCGAUAUAGUUCGAGAAUACGAUUAUUACGAGUGACGGCUUACGUAUUUAGGUUCGUAAGGAGGAUUAAAGGACAAACCGUAGAUAAAACGUUAGAACUAUCAGCAGACGAACUGAUCGAAGCCGAACAGGUAUGGAUAAAGGAUAUUCAGAACAAUAUGUUUCCCGAAGAAGUUAAACAAUUAAUUAAUCGUACGAAAACUUCCAGCUCAAGGCUUGAUCAACUACGCUUAUUUCUGGACGAAAAAGGAAUUAAAGGAACACUGAACCGUAUUCGAGAAAGAUAUUGGAUCCUACAUGGAAGGCAAGCAGUCAAGCGGGUUCUACGUAAAUGUGUGACAUGUAAACGAUUAGAAGGGAAGCCGUACCCUACGCCCAAGACUCCGCACCUACCAUCUUGGCGAACAAGUGAUGACCCUCCCUUUAGUUACACGGGAGUGGAUUUCGCUGGACCCCUCAACGUCAAAGAGAACUCAAAAUGUGGUCAACAAUCAACAAAAAAGUCAUACAUCGCUCUAUUUACUUGUGCGUCAACACGGGGAAUUCAUGUAGAACUGCUUCCGAGUUUAUCAGGUGAAGGAUUCUUACAAGCAUUUCGUAGAUUUUCAGGUCGCAGAGGACUUCCAAGAAUGAUAAUUUCAGAUAACGCGAAGACAUUUAAAUCCGCUAGCAAGGAACUGUCAAAAAUUAAGCGUUCUCCCGAAGUGCAACAACAUCUCGCAAAAAAUGGCGUUUCUUGGAAAUUCAUUAUCGAAAAGGCCCCAUGGCACGGGGUUUUUUGGGAACGUUUGAUAAAGAGUGUUAAAAGAUGCCUGAAAAAGUCCAUUGGUCGAGCUACGUUAUCGUUUGAAGAGUUACGCACGAUCUUGAUCGAGAUUGAGUCAACGUUAAAUAAUCGUCCAAUUACGUACAUAUAUGAUGAUGAAGAAGGGAUAUCCUACCCCCUUACGCCAUCUUGUCUACUUUAUGGACGGAGAACGACGACUACGCCAAACGACAGCCAGUUCGAGAUAGUGAGCACAAACGAGUCUUUGACAAGACGAGCUCGACAUCACAAAACUCUACUAAAGGAAUUCACUAAACAAUGGAGACGAGAAUAUUUGCUAAGCAUUCGCGAAGCAGCGAGAUCGAGUAACAACGGUACAAGGGACGUAAUUGUCGAAGGAGACAUUGUAAUUUUGAAGAACGAGAGCACGAAACGGUUAUUUUGGAAAAUAGCGAUGGUCGAAGAGCUUAUUCGAAGUAUUGACGGUGUUGUAAGAUCAGCGAAGAUCCGAGUGUUGAACAGUGAGACUCGAAAGCCUAUCAUCAUACGGAGACCUAUACAACAUUUAAUCCCAUUGGAAAUUCGCUCGAAAUUCGGUAACGAGCAUGAAGAAGACCUAGUUGAUGUGAAUGAAGAAUCAUCCGGAACACAAGAUCUCAGUACAGAACCAUUAUAG